UGAAGUAUAUAAAUAGAGGUGUGUUGGCGCAUCACUGUCAGUUCACAACGCGGCAUCGAAAGUGUGUUAUCAGUAAAAUAAAGAUCAUGAAGUUCUUCGCGCUAUUCGUCUGCCUGAUGGCAAUCGCCGUAACCCAUAUUAACCUGAUGGUUGCCUAUGCAGACACUAUUGCGGAUGCAGCUUUACAUGGAGGAUUCCUAUCUGCCGCGGAUUUGCAACAAUGUUAUGACAGGGCGAAUCUGGUAGAAGCUGAUUUAAUUACAAAUGCAGAAGUAAAAGAUGGUUCUUAUAAGAAUCCAGAAAAUGUGGAAAAGGCGACGAAAAAUGGCUGCUUUACAUUAUGUAUAUUGGAAAAGCGAGGCUUAAUCGUCGACUCGGUAAUUCAAAAGAACAAGUUGUACGGCAAAUCGGCACAUGCUCAAUUGAAUCAGGCUACUCAAGCAAAAAUAUACGCGACUGUAGAUCGUUGCACUGAACAAGUUAAAACAAAAUCGGACAUGUGCGACAAGUCCCUUGAUCUUCUUACAUGUCUCUGGAAAGACUUCAUCUAAUAUGACAAGAUUACUAAUAACAAAUAAUAGAUUCCUAGAUAUGUUAGAGUACAUUGGCAAUUAUUAUAGACAUGUUGUUCCCUUUAUAUUAAUAAAAAUUUAUUUAUAUUA